AUGAGCGCAGAGAAGCUAAGUAGUGAUGAAGUACCAUUAAAAUUUACAAAUUGGCUCCUGGCUAUGGGAUGUCCUGCAGAAAAAGUUCCAUCAAUGGACAGAAUUACUCAGAUGUGUAGAGGUCAGUAUUAUAUGGUAUGGCGCAGCCUUAUGGAACACGUUGAAGCUAAAAAUAUUAUUCGCCAGAAGAGACUCCAAGUAUUUUGCGACGAUGUGAAAAUAUGCCAGGAAAAGAAUACUUUUAAUGAAUGUAGUCCAAAUGCAGUAAUUCCAGAGCAAAUUGUACUAUGGAAGAAGCAACAGGAGCUCAAGGAAAAAGUAUCUGACGCUGAAGCAAGAGUGGCACAGGCACAGAGUAGUCUUAAUGAGAUUGUAGACAAGAUAUCUUCUAAAAUAAGUCAAAGAAACUUCUCAAGACGUCGGAUAGAAGAUUUACAACGCCGUGUAUGGCUCUUGAGACGAGUGUCUAAUGAGAUUAAUGUUAAGAAAGCUCACUUGGAGGAAACUAGGUCGAUAGCUAAGUCUCUAUUCACUGUAGACAACGAUCAGGAUAUUCAGGGCAAGUUAGAAAAAUGCCUAUCUUUAAUGCCACUGAGCCAAUCAGCGUCAUUGCCCCUAUCAAAUCCUAUCGCCAGUUCUUCCAUUGUUUCGACACAUGAAAAUGAGACGUCAAGUGAAAAAGAAGAAAACAUUGUUUCACUAGUAUCGUGCCGUGGUGACGCUCUAUGGCCACUUCUGUAUGAGAAACGGUCAGCGCUGGUUGCAGAAUUGUCCACUGUUAAUGCGAAACAUACCUCACGUGUUAUUGAUAACAGAACUACCCCCCAAUCAGUACUGGCUCAUACAGCGGCUUUACAUUCCAAUUUAGUCCUCGAAGUGAUGAAAAAUAAGAUCUAUAUUAAACAAACACAUAACAGAGUCGCCGCUGCAGUUGAAGAACUUAGUACCUACAUAAAUGGGGAAGCUUGCGAGCUCUUAGUAUUACAGUGUGAACGAGCAAAAUCUGAAGCUAGGGUUAAAUCUAUGAAGAAUAUGCUAGAAGAAUUGUCUUCAAAGAGUGGUGUGUUCCAUGUGGAAGGGGAUGAUGUUCAUGAUAGUCAAGCGACCGCUAAGAAGAUUACUGAUAUUGAUAAGUGUAUUAUAAGCACAAGAGACGAACUAAAGAGAUCUAUAAUAUCAUUAGCUACGUUGGAAAGGAAGAUAAACAGCAUCAAGGAAUGCUUACUGGCCGUAUUUAAUGCCUUCCACGAUAAUACACCCAUACAUGACACCGAGAGAUUCAGAGGUGUCCAGUUAGACUUUCCCCAAGAACCAAUAUCAGUGAUCCGACAGUUUUACUCGGAGCGGUGUGAGAGAAAUAAGAACAACGGCAACUUGAGUCUGGACCUCGAUGUAUCUGAUACAUCUUUUUAUGAUACUUCAGAUUCCAGUCUAAGAUUUGUGGAUGAAUUGAAAAUUUAUUUGAAGAAAUUCAGCUUGGAGAAGAACAGAAAACUUGUUUUAGAUAGUGGUGAAAAGAUAUGGAUAUUUGAAACCAUCAAGAACAUUGCUACUCAACUCAAUUCAAACUGGAUCAGUGAAGAUAUAACCCCUUUAAUAUGUCCGUCUGUUCGUGUGUCGAGUGCCUUACAGAGACUUAUAUGCAAUGUACAAGAGAAAAAUGUACUAACUGAUAUUGUUAAGAAAGUUAGUAAAAAGGAAGCAAGCUGUUUUGAUAUAGAUAUAUCAUCUAAAAUAGAGAACGAAGCACAUGUCAUAGAUAAAAUAAAAAAAAGGAUAUCUGAAAACUUGACUCUCCUACAAAAGAUCAGUAAAACUCUUGAUCUCAGCCAAGAAAACCUGCAAUAUUGGUCCAACGACGAUCUUAAAAAGUAUAUUUCAACCAACCGAACUGUGGACGGAAAGACCUAUAGAGAUUACGAAGCAUUUUAUUUAGAACAUGUUAAAUUAAAUUCAUAAUACAUUGUCUAUAGUGGCGUAGCGAGCUUAACUCGCGCCCGGGGCACAAUACCUUUCCAAAACCAUAUAAUAUGUCCAGCAAUUUUUAGUUUUGCGGACCAUUUGGCUUCCCUUUGUGAAUAGCGCCCGCGGCUUGAUGACCCUUACCCCCCCCCCCCUCCCUCUGCUACGCCACUAUUGACUAUACUUUAUUAUUCUUCUAUAUUAUUCUUACUUAGCUUCGCCAGGUCCCUCGAUCUACUAAAUCGUAGUAAAAAACGUCAGAAGGCGUGUUCAACUGGACCAAUUGAAGUAAGUCCUUCAGACAGGCGUUCUAAUUUACUAAGAUUAAGUUGCUCAAGUGGUUGGGGUAGUAGCGGUUGGGAUGACGCACUAUUUUCUUAACGCGAAUAAACUAUAGUUUAUCUUUGACCACGUAAAUGCUAUAACAAAAUAGCCCAUAUUGUAUAAGUGUUAAAUAUAUUUGCAUGAAACAUAACGUUUUAAAUUGGCUAUCUUGGCGUUUAAUUAAAGUUAUUUUCAUGAUUA